CUCCGCUGGUGCCUUUCACACGACCCGCCACUGGGUUAUGAAAGCAUCACCUAAAACAUUAGUGCAACAUCAACGUAACAACAAGUCCAAUUGCUUCGGUGCUGCUUCCAGGCUGCGGGACCCUCUCUCAACGUGAUUGGCCCACAGAUAUUUUCUCUGGCGCGAUCCAAACUCACCCGCAGGUGUUUGAGCGGUUUCGCUCUCGCAAUGCCCUGGCUUUGUUUAUGUAGUUCUCCAGGAAGCAAGUGGUGUCUAAAAGAGGAUAGUUUAUAGCCGAGACCAGGGGGCCAGUGGCGGUCGCUACUAUAAAAUAGCCCGUAAAAGGUGCCCGGUCUUGCUGUUCCGAACGAUUUGCAAAGCGGCUGCAGGUAUUCAAACAUUUUGGAUAUAAUGAUUUUCUGGCGGUCUGUGGUCAAUGUGGAGCUGGUUCUUUUGGUGAUAGUAUGCUGUCUGUCUGGUCGUGUGGUAAUAGUACGAGCUAGAGCAAAACGAAAAGUAACUUGCGAUGACGACGCCCCAUCCGUCAGGAACGGUUUCUCAAUGUUUGCCGGCGACGCCAUGAUUUACACGUGUCCCCGUUGGUAUCGAUUCCCGGACGGAAACAAGACCAAAUCUACGCAGUGCACGAAUGAUGGCUGGCCACCUAUAGACGAUUGCAUGCCUGGUCGCUGCCAAGAGGAAUGGGUUCGUUACAAAAACAAGUGUUAUGGUUUCAGAAAGGAUGUGAAAAUGAACUUCACAGAAGCGCUCAAUGCUUGUGGUAGCAAAGAUAUAAAACAUCCAAAUCUUAACCACUUAGCAAUCUCUCUCAGGAAUUCUCAACUGGAACAAAAAGGACCGGUGGAAUAUUUGAAACGAAUGAUUCGUAAUUAUAUCACAAAUUAUAGGGGGCAUCCCAAAUCCAUAUCAGGUCAGUUUUGGAUCGGUUUAUACAAAGAUCCGGGCAGCAAAGACUGGCUGUGGGCUGAUGACCGCCAAGCAGUGCCCUUCAUUCCUCCAGAGCGGCCGGACGCCCGCUACGCCUAUAUAAACGUCAGUUUUCAGGAAGAUAACGCCAACGUGACAUUAGGGUUCGACUCCGGGGAUAAAAGUUAUAAUUAUAUGUGCGAACAACACAUAAGCUGUCCGGGAAUAGAUGACAACAAUGACGACUUGUUCGAGCAGAGAUCGAACCAGUUGAUCACAAAUGAUAGAGUCUGUCCUCAGGUCAGCCAACUGGAGGCUACUUGCUUUGAUGGUCUCUGGAGGAUGAGCUCGUGCCCCAAGCCAACUGUGAUGCCAGAUGAAGAAGUCGAAAUUAUCAUUCCAUGUCAUCCGAUACCGUCUUCGGAAUCGGAACUGGCGCUCUCCAACACGACCAAGGUUGGCGCGGUGGUCGUCGUCCGCUGUACGGAGGGCUACGAGUUCGCCGACCGCACCACGGAGCGCGAAUACGCUUGCUCAACUAAGGGCCAUUGGGUACCUAGCAUUACUAAAUGUGUGAAGAUUCACCGAUGCCCCGCUCUCAAUGUUAGUGGUGACAUGAACUGUUCGCGGACGGGUGAGGUAAAUCCCGGGGUGUUAUCUGACUGUAGCUGCCCCUCGGGCUACAUGUUUACAGACUACACCGUGGAGAAGAGAUUUUUCUGCCAAGAGGACGCCACAUGGAGUGAUGUUCUGCCGGAGUGUGUUGAGUCGGGAAAAUAUUGCAGUUAUCCACUAGAAAUUCAAAAUACGGAUCUACUGGGCAACGAGACGACUUUCUACAUUAACUCCAGCGUGACGUACAAAUGCCAUGAGGGUCAUCGCUUCCCUGACGAAUAUAAAUCGAAGGAGUUUACAAUGAAAUGUUCCUCAGAUGGACGAUGGGAUUUACACCAUGAUGAAUGUCAUUUGGUCCAUUGUCCCCAUAUCCCUUACGUCAUUAUGAAGAAGGAAAAGCAUGCGGCAGACAUGGUCAAUUCCAGUGUUCCAACAUUCAUUCCAGAGAUGAUUGACCCAAUUUACGGGGCGGAGGUCAACAUUACAUGCUUUGAAGAAAAUCAAGCUUUUCCAGAUGGGACCACAACCCGAAUAAUUCGGUGCAAUGAUGAGGGCGAAUGGCAGCCGGCCGUUCCUCUCUGCAUGCCGAUGGAGACGGGACCACAUCAACGCAUGAAGCGCUACGUACCGCCUGCCAUGGAGGCGCCGGGCUCGGAGAAGAUAGGCACUGUGGCGAUAGUGUUUAUAAUAAUAUUCUUCACCGGGAUCGUGGUGUUAGAUCUGACUACUAUCGGUCAUUCAUGUGCCUUGCUUUACCAUAACAUCUCCAGUUGUCAUGAGCGCACGAUCGACCGGACAGGCGAGGGGGAUUUUGACGAAGAAGAAAAAGAAAAAAUGAACACCACGCGUGAGGACGAUGUUUUAGAUGUGAUAGAAAAUGGUCAGACAGUGACAGAAAAGUGUUUUGAUGAUUCCAGUUUGUGCUUUGUGGACGAGGUUAGUGAUAAAGACUCCAAUAGCGGUGGGGAGGAUGCGCGGAGUGAUCUAUAUGAAAAGACGGCCAUGUUGGAAUUGGAUAGACAGAGUGUCUGUACGCAGACGGACGACAGCUUUACCGAAGAGAACCGUGUAAACCAUGACACAGUUGUAUGAGGGCGUGAGAUUGUGUGUGUGCGUGUUGUCUGAAAGUCUAUCAUGCAUGGGUUUCGUCCGAAAAGAGGAAACAUGUAAUCAGAGGCAUGCCAUUUCAUUUGACCUCAUCGAAUGGGAUAGGCCAGUAAUACCGUGUCAAGUGAGCAACGAGAGGGGAACAGGUAUGGAAAAGGAUGAUGUGCAAGUCACCGUGUGGGUGGGCGCUCACAUACCUUCUUAAUGAAAGAUCCAAAAAGCUUCAAAAGCGUUAUUUUGCAAGAAGCUUGCACCAUGUCGACAGGUGCCUGCGUUUUUAUCUUGUGGAAGAAUAUUUUGGAAGAAGCUUUUCAGUCUGGAAGGGCUCGGUAGUUUUAAUUGGGAAGCCAGCACAAUAGUAUCCAGCACGAACCAUGACUCUAAAAACGUGCCUCAGUGAAAGCUAUUUAUUGUAUAUGUAGGCAUAUUGGUCUCAUAAUCAGACACGUUGCGGCUGGAUUUUACCACCUCGCUGAACGGUGGGGCCGCCGGUUCAGUCCGGACGCCAUAUGAAAGAUGGCAGCGCCUACUAACCCACGACAAGUUCGUUUCACAUUUAUUUGAUGUACUGUUAUAGCAGUGUGGCGGAUCUAUAGGAACCUACGAUAGGGGGGCGCAGCCACACCGAGCGAGUACCGAAGACGCAGUCUUGAAACCGAAGGGAGAGUUGUGGGCCUCCAAGUGUUUGGAAAUUUAAGUGCAACAUAUGUGUUUUCCUGGCAUCUGAUCGGAGGGCUAAAAUUCGAAGUAUCUAUUUGCUUCUUAGGAAGAGGCGCCCUGAAAGCUCGUGCACCACACCUUAAAGCUGGGAGCACACACAGCACACAGUCUGCAAGAUCAAGUCGCAGAGGUCUGCUAAAUCCUUUAUGAAAGAAGAUCAACGUCUUAGACUUAGUCGAAACUGUGCUACUGGCGUCAAUGAAAAUAAAACCUCUUUUUUUCUUUAUUUAUAUGAUAUGUAGGAAUUUAAAUACCUCUGCGACAUGAUUCCGCCGGUAUAUACCUCGGUGGUAGCAGUCAUUCAGUACAUGAAGCGAAAUGGUUUCGUUUCAUGGACUGAUAUGAUAAUCAUUUUCCUAUUCACAGUAGAAAAAUACUAAAAGAGAUAUACGAAGCAAUAAAACGCUAAUUGCCAUUAAACGGUUUUCUUGAUGAUUUCUUUUGCCACGUGAGAGGACAGGAAUGAAAGAGGUUGCAACAAUUCCAACCAGAGUCAGACCAGACCAAGUCCCCAAUUGCAUUUACAUCAUCAAUAUUGAACCCCUAUUUCCUACCUACGUCACGUCACUCGGGCCCCAUUUGCAAUAUGUUUCCAUUA